CUGGAGAGUCCUCCCCACCCUGCGCCUCCAGGCCCGGCAGCCUUCCCUCCCGAGUGGAGGUGGAGUGGCCCGGGCAGCGGCUGCCCCUUCCCUGGGGUGGGGGGCAUCCCUGGCUCGCCUUUCCUGUCUCGCCUUCCCUCCCUUCCAGUUCCUCUCGUUUCUGGCUCUGAGUCAGCUUUUGACCUUCUCGGUCUGUCUCUCUCACCUGCCUGUCUGCCCUCGGGGACCCAGCGGGGAGCGUGGACCCAUCCCUCCCUCAGGGGCUCCCUGUCAGGUUGUGGGCACAACUGUGUGAACAGACACACAAUAAGACAGCCUGCCGGUGGUUGCGGGACACGCAGGAUACGGCCAGGUGUCUGGAGGGCGGGAGCGUUCCAGCAGGGUCCGCAGAGCAGCCGCUUGGCGCUGCUUGUGUGGGAGGCAGAGGCCUUUGCUGCCGUCUUGAUCUUGCCUCUGUCUCUGGCUAGGUGAGUUCUAAUCCCCGGCACCAAGGACCCCCGCCUCUCUGCAGACCAGGCCCUGGAGUCGGCACGGGAGGCGUGGGACCUGCGUGCGGGCUGCGGCCUCGCUCCCUGCCAGGGGAGGGCCCUGCCUCUCCCUCCCUCUGCAGCUGACCUGUGCUCGCCGUGGCUCCUCACACCUGCUCUCCCCUCGCUCAUCUCCAGGUAUGGAUAGAUGCCGGGACCCAGAUUUUCUUUUCUUACGCCAUUGGCCUGGGGGCCGUCAUGGCCCUGGGCAGCUACAAUCGCUUCAACAACAACUGCUACAAGGAUGCCAUCAUCCUCGCACUCAUCAACAGCGGGACCAGCUUCUUUGCUGGCUUCGUGGUCUUCUCCAUCCUGGGCUUCAUGGCCACAGAGCAGGGCGUGCACAUCUCCAAGGUGGCGGAAUCAGGGCCUGGCCUGGCUUUCAUCGCCUAUCCCCGGGCCGUCACGCUGAUGCCUGUGCCCCGCUCUGGGCUGCUCUGUUCUUCUUCAUGCUGCUGCUGCUUGGCCUUGACAGCCAGGUUUGAGAGGGGGGACGUUGGGUGGAGAUGUGACCUCCAGAGCGCCCUGCCCCUUCUCCCACCUGCCGGGAGGGACAGACCGUUGUGCCGGAGCCUCUGGGCCAGCUCGGAGGGGGGUGUACGGGAGGAGAGUUGGCCCUCCAGGGUGGCGGCGGAGGAGAGGCCUGUCCCUAGCCUCUGUUCUAGCAGCCACUCGGCCCUCCACUGAACCCCUAUUUCCCUAGCGUAGGGAGCGGGGCCUGGUCAGGAGGGGCGCGGCCCCGGGCCCCAGGUUGGUGGCAGGUGGCGGGAAGCGGAGAGAGGCCAGGGACAAGCAGGUGCCCCUCCCCAGGGACUCAAGGUGUCCCUCUCUCCCGCAGCGCUGGCAGCACCUGACGCAGCCCGUCUGGGGCCUCCACCACUUGGAGUACAGAGCUCAGGACUCGGAUGUCAGGGGCCUGACCACCCUGACCCCAGUGUCUGAGAGCAGCAAGGUGGUGGUGGUGGAGAGCGUCAUGUGACAGGUGCCCCGGCUCACAUCACCAGCUCACCCUCUCGUAGCCAUAGCAGCCCCUGCUCUAGCCCCCCACCCCCGCAGGGGGCUUGCCUUUCCCUGACACCUAUGGGGUCUGCCGGGGGGGGAGGGG